AUGACCAGUAAGGUGGUCCACCCUCACCACCGCUUCACCCGCAUGACCAAUCGGCAGGCUGCGUUCGUGUUGGUGUUAGUCUGGCUGUUGGUGAUCAGUCCUCGGGUUCCCAUUCUGGCUUACAACCACAUCAAGGGCAGCGGCAACAACACCCAGUGCUUCUUUUUCACUCCUCACAAAGAGGCGCCCCGCGCCACCAUCCUCCUGGUGGCCAUGCACCGCGUGCUGAUGGUGCUGGAGUUCAUCUUCCCACUGGCCAUGCUGCUGUUCUGCUCCAUCCGGAUUUCCAGCUUCCUAAGGGCACGUCAGAUGGGAAAACCUGAAAAGGUGCACAAGGCAAUGCGAGUGUGCGCCACCAUCGUUGUAGUGUUUACGAUGUGCUUCCUACCUAGUACGGUGACGACCAUCGGGGAGUGGGUCAUCCGCUCAUACCGCCGGUGGGACUGUGCCGCCUUCUACACCAUCGUGAAGCUCAGCCAUGAGUCUUACGGGCUGAAUUUCCUGAACUCAGCACUGGACCCCAUUGUCUACGUCUUCUCCAGCUCCAUGUUCAGGAAGGCCCUGUUGGGCGCGUUGCCCUGCGCCAUGCGCUGCGGACAGAAGACGAACACGCCUCAGUUGACCAGCCAGGCGGAGCUGAAACCCAUGAGGGUCAAUGGCGACUCCAUCACCGUAGCUUAAGUGAAUGUAGUACUGUUUGCAGAUCUUGACAGUAAUGUUAUGAGGAUGUGAACGUGAACUUAUCCGACAUAACUUAUACACAGGUGACCAGAAAUGACACAGGAGAUGUAUCAGCUUUUUCUCUUUUACUGUUCCUUUUACACUGUGUCGAUUUGAAUUCAUCACACAAGCAUCAUUGUGGUAAAGAAAAUGCACACACAG